UCCCACACCCGGCAACACUUCACUUAAAUCUCACAUACACAGACGCUCAGUCGACAAUCCGGAGCAGUGGUACGAAGUGACAAAGACAAGAUAGACCGAGAUCAAUCAACCAAAAUGACGCCGAAUAAUGUUAUACGGGCCUUGGCACUCCUUGUCCUGUUCGUUGGAAUCGUCAGCAGUUUUUCAGAAUGGUGCGGGGCCGACAACGAUAGUCGCCUGGAGCAGCUCAUCGAAACCGCACUGCUCGAUAUCCCGCGAGAGCAUACGUCUGAAAUACAGGCAGGGACCUCGCACCAAUCUCCCCUGGGAUUCGAAGGAUACAAAGUCACCGGAUUGAAUCAGCUGCGUCGUCGGGGACCUCUCCAGACCUACUGCGGGAAUGGAAGUCAGGUCAUCAACUUUGACCUGGCUUCCGAAGAGCCCAUCUUGUGCUCGUUCCACUGGACGGCUGGUGGCAAUGGCUCCCUCGACCUCGCAGCUUACGGCGUGCGGGUGAAGACUCACCUGAAGUUUGUGCAGGGGAUUGCCACUGAGGGCAGCGUUACGGCUAGGAAAAUUCUCGAUGAGCAAGAAGAACCGGUGACCACUUCGCUGCGUGCAGCCCGAAUCACUCUGCACAUCGAUGACCCCAGCGGAGAUAGGACGAAGCCCUUGGCAGGAUUUCUGCGACAUCUUGCGCUCGCUUCUAUCAAAGAUUCCUGGGAAGAGGUCUUUGUACCGAGGCUUGUGCGUGCCCUCAAAGAACCGUGAAAAAACACGGACAUCCUUAGCGAAAUAAAGCUGUUAAGGAACAUUUAGGCGGUUAGAUCGCGGUUUCUGAGAUUUAUCCCUCACAAGUUCGCCUUGCUUUAAACCUUGAGCCGGAAGCCUAGGAGGGGCACACGUCCACUCCACUGGAUCAAAGGGCACUCAACAAAGUAAUUUCAUGGAGUGAAGGUUUAUUUCAAGGAAGAGAAAAUCCUGAAUCUCUACCCACCGUCUGAUGUAUAAAUAUCAUCCUGUGUAUCGCA